ACACUUGUUUACAGGGAAAGGGUAUUAUAGCUUAUGGGACUACAUCAGAGGCACUAAUAUGUUUUUUGUGUGUCUAUGUUGCACCUGUUGGCAAUAAUUUGCUGUAUCUGUCCUUAUCUUGAAGAGUUUUCUUAUAAUGCAUGAAGUUCUUUUCAAAGUGCGAUCAAAAUAUAGUCCCUGAAUUGUUAGUAAUAAGUUACUUUAUUGGGCAUAUUUGACAAGAUUGCUGCUGACUGUGUCUCUAUGCAGGGAGGGGAGAACAGGAGGAUUCUGCUGGAUCUGAAGACGGUUUUGGAGGAAGUGCAGGUGGAGGUGAGGAAAGAGGAGGAGAAGAGGACUGAGCUUCAGCUGCAGUAUACCAGGGAUAGAUGUGCUUGGGAGCUGGAGAAAGCUGAGCUCAAAUGCAGGAUUGCACAGCUGGAAGCUAGAGAAGCUACAGGGUUGGCGAGUGGAGGGAUCCAGUCAGCAGCAUCACGGAGUCCUCGAGAGUUGCACGGCGAGACCUCGGUGCUUCGCAGGGAGAGGGAGGAGCAGCGGAAGAUCCUGGCGGACACACACUCAACUGCUAUGGACCUGCAUUGUCGCCUGGAGCACAGUGAGAAGGACUGGCUGAGGGAGAAGGCUGAGCUGCUCGAAAGGUUCGACAUGGAGAGAAAAGAGUGGGAGAGUCAGCUGAAGGAUAUGCAGAGAAAAAUAGAAGAGCUCUACUGUGAGGUGAAAGUGAAGCAAGGGGGAGCCGGACAGGAUGGUGGGAAGCAGGAGGACGAUAUUGCUCGCAGGCUCAGCAUGCGAUCCACCAGUACAGGCUCCAGUCUGCUCAGUGAUAACUCCCGGUCCGAGCUGCUGAGUAGCAGCACUCAAUCCGAACCAACCAGAAACCUGUCUUCACCUCACUUUGGUCACAACAGAAACAUCAACAAUGAUGGUGCUUUUGGUAGUGGAGAUAAUCACCAAUCUACCUUCUUCCAAGCUGACGGCCUUUUAGCAUUUAAUGUUGGUGGCCAGCUUAGUCAGAGUGACCACUUCCAACCUGAGCUACAGGAUGAGCUGAGAUCCAGACGCACUUGGCAGCAAGACUCUGAUAAUAAGGAAGCUGUGGAUACAUCAGAGCUGGAUGCUAUUUAUCAGGGAGCUUCUGAAUAUCCAGUACAACAAGAAUAUACUUCUAAAGGUGCCCAUGUUAGUCUACAUGAAAGCUCAGUUUGGGGAGGACUGAGUUUUGGGAGCGAGAAGAAAAAAAACAACACAGCUCUCAAUGCUGCUCUGAAGGAAAUAGCCCGGGUCAGUGAGGAGCUUUGUAGCUACCAAGAUGAGAUCAGAAAGAAGAGUGGAGACAAAAGGAAUCAUUCUGAAUCACUCUGCCUAUCUGAUGGAAAUGAGAAAAGCUGCCUGCAGGCUGAUGAAGCUCCCUGUGACCUCAGUCAGAUCUAUGAUGACCUCCGGGCUUUGGAGAGGGAACACUGGAUCACCCUGUCACCAGAUAACACCUGGCAGGCCAACAAAUGGCUGAGUGAAUCCCGGACAACAGACACUGCUGAUCCAGAUAGCUACAGAGCCACACAGACAAGCCCCGGAGUACAUUCUGAAACAGAUACAGCAGCCCCACCCAUCCCUCCCCGCACCUCCUCCUGGAAUCUGAGCACUUCUAAUCCAGACACAGAACUACACAUCCCAGAAUCCCCCAUGGCUACGAUGAGGAAGUGCCAUAGCCCCUGUGUUCUCGUGGACAGAAAAUGUAACAGCCCAUCCAUUGUCAGGAAGUUUGAGGCUAUGCUACAGGAGAAUGAGGGGAAAGUUUUCAAAGAUGGUGUAAUAACAUCUUGCCCUGUACCUUCUAAUUCCAACUGCAAUAUAGGCUGUUGCCACAACCGCUGGUCCUGCGAUGCAAGUAAGUUCACUCAUAAUAAGUUGUCUGCAUAUGGGACUGUGCAGAAAAGCUUCUCUGAAGUCAACAUAUUGAGUGCCGGGAAAGACUUGAGUCUAGAUUACAGCUCUGGUGUUGGGAGGCUACAGACAUCUCCCUCUGUCAGAGAGUUACCUGUAGAUUUACUCUUGUCUUCUCUGUCAAUACCACCUGCAAGCCCCAGCCUCCAAGGCUCCAAACGAAACAUUGUAUUAGAAAAAAAAACAGCUGAGUUCAACAGAACUAUGUUUCAGGCAGAGAUGGGCCGCGGAGCAGAUGUACAAGACAGUUUUACUGGAACAGAUAGCUGCUCUGUUGCUUGCCAGCCAGCCCUUACAACAUCAGAUGACUUUUUACCUCCCAGAGAGAAUACAUUUCAACCUAUACGUACUGAUUUCACUACAACCAUCAUGGAUGCACAUCCUAAAGUUUCAUCAUCUCUCUCUAGCUUGGAUUCCAUUAUACAGAAUCCUGAAGUGCAGCCAAGGCAAAUCAGAAGUUCUCCUGAAGUCCAAGAGCUGAGAAUAAAGUCAGAAACCCCUCCUGUCUUCUCACCUGAACAGCCACUGGCUGGACUCAGCGAGGUCUCUACAACCUGUCAGAGCCCUGCACACCAUUGUGAGGUCAUUUACAAAGAUCGAACAGCAAGCAGCCCUUCCAGGAAAUUGCAACACAGAGCAGCCACAGAGGUGCUGUUCUCUGAGCCUGUCGUUCCUGCAAAUCCACAGUUAGGUCAGCCUUUGGAGGAUAACAUCUCAAAGAAUCUUUAUGGAGCGAAGCCUCAGACAGCAAGAACCAGUGUCUCCCAACCACAGUCAUCUGCUCAGAGCAAACAAAGACAGGCGACAGAGCCAAGACACAUACCUGCUUCUCCUUAUCAGUAUGAGUCCUCCAGACCUAUGCCUCGAAUGAUGAACGAUCACCCCUGGAAGCCCCUCACACUUGCUGCCUACCCACGGCCAGAAGGGUCCAGGUCCAACUAUGGUGCAGUGGAAAGGAUUCUGAAAAAUUAUGAGAAUGCAGCUCGGGCACAGCAAAACGACAGCCAAGAGAAAGAGAUGAAUUCAAUCUCCAACUUCAGCUGUAGACGAGAUGAAAAAAUCACUGAACAGGACAUGCUGGGCAUGGACCCCCUGCCUUUACCUCCUAUUCUGAGACACAUGCAGACAUCGCACAUUUCACAGACACACAGCAGCCACGUCACAGCGCAGGUCGCCAGCAACAGUGCCAAAGGUGUGAAGGAGCUACAGCUUAUAGUGCAGGAGGAUGAAGAAUGCUCCGUCCCCUCUUCCUCCAUCCAGAAGAACUUUUCGAGGCCUGCCCGUCCAGCCAACCGUCGCCUCCCCUCCCGAUGGGCCAGCCGCUCCCCCACCUCCUCCUCCUCUGCCUCCUCUUCUCCCUCUACCACCCCUGUUGUGCCUCCAUCCUUCCCCCACCAUAAACACACUUCCUCCUUUACUUACGGAUUUCACCUAGAGACGGUCAUCAUCUGACCUCCAUGUCAUCAUAUUUUUAAACCAACCCGAAGCCUUCAAUAAUAACUUCUUAACUUCACUUUUUCCCUGUUUUCUGUUGUAUAUACCAAAUCCAGACAGCAUCUCCACUAUCACAGACUCAGAAGUGCUUUAGUUACGAGUUCACCAACUCAUUAUGAGAAUGUAUGAGGCAUCCAGUGGAGCCUAACUGACCAAGAAAGGCAAGUAAAUCUGGAGUUGCUUCAGCUGUUCAACAGUACACUCCUGUUAACCUGCCAGGCAUCGUGCGCACACAGCAAAUGUGAAAACAUUGACUUUUCAAGGACUGGUAACAGUCAACACGUCAGUCAUUCAUGCCAACAAAUAAUGAAUUAAUACCUUAUGCUCAGGUCAGGAUUCUAGCUUUGACUAGUGUAGCCUUGCAGAUAUAUCAACAGCAGACCCUUAACUUUUCUCUCCCUGUUCCACAGACUGCAUUUACACCUUAAACCUGAUGCUGGUUCAUUUAAAGAUGAUCAACAAACUUUUAGCCAAGUCAUGCAUUGACAUUGUCCUUUCUUUUCUGUAUUGUGUGCAACAUAUUUUUGUAUGCUGUUACAAAUAUGCAGCAUCAAGCUGAACUCAGAGAUAAAGACAGUGGAGCAAAGAUCCCUCCUACAAUUACAGUCUGUAUGCUGAAUAAAACUGUGCUGUUUUUCUGUUUUUUUGCCUUCAGUACUGUAAUGCCUGAACUGUACCUUGUCUGUGACUAAAACAUUGGUUAAACUUGUUUGGCUGUACAUUUUUCCACGACUAAGCAAAAAUGAUAGAAACCUUGUUUCUUUUUCUUUCCUUUGUUUCAUUUUUGUUUACAACUUUGUACCAAAGGCUGGCUUCGUAUGCAUUUUCCUCAUUUGAAAAUUAAACAAAUUGUUUAUGAUGGCGAUUUGUGUCCAUCCACAUCUGAAGUUUCCUAAGAAUAUGUAUGUAUGUAAACCUCUUUCAUUCAUAAGAGUUUGCUUCUUUUACAUACCACCUAAUGAUGCUUAUAAAAGGGAUAAGACAACUUUUUUUUAAUUUUUACUUUUUCUGAAUGCUCACAUAUCAGGACAUUACUAAGUUGAAAAGUUGUUUUUUGGGGGAGUGAAUCAUAACAGUGAUGCCUUUGCUGUUCAUUUUAUGUAAUAAACAUAAUGACUUAAUGAUUUCUCUAUUGUCUUCACAUCACACAUGGAAUAAUAGCUGGAGGACUCACGCCAUGUGAUUUUGUCAUGCUCUGUUUGUCUAGUAGUUUCACUGUGAUCUGUUCCUCUGAAACACGAGCAGAGGAACUGUGUGCUCCUGUGAUGGUGUGCUUGUGUGUCUAUGGGCCUUUGUAUGUUUUUAACAGCAUGUGUGAAUUCUUUGUAAAUGUUUUAUACAAUCUGUUACUAAAUCUGAUUUAUAUCAGAUAGUAUUAAAAGCUUUUUUUUUUUACGUGCCUAUAAACAUAAACAUUCAGAAUUUUACUCCCCAGUCUGAUAAAUAGAUUGCUUUUGCACCUUCAUAUGCACACACAGGUUUAAGAUAAAGUGACACACUGUUGGGCACAUCCACGUAACCACACACGCAUCCUGAGAGAAACAGACACCCAACGCCUCCCUCUGAAAUCUGGCACCCUACUCUGAGUGAAAUAACAGGUGCAACAGUGUUGUGGUGCCAGAAAUCCUACCCCACUGCUGAUAUAUAUAUAAAUAUUUUCAUUUUCUUCUGAUGCCCAGCUUGGUGCAGCGGUGUCUGUCUCAUCCUGUUUUCCCGUGUCAAGGUUGGGAAAGAGUGUAGAUUCCUGGUCCUGGCCUGUGCUUGUGUCUGGAGGUCUCCAGAAGCUGAAAGCAUUAUAAUCAGUGUUGGCUGUUUUGAAUUCAGAGCUGUUAAAAAAUUACAGCACUGGAAAGAUUUUAUGCAACAGCUUGUGUUUUAUUAAACAAGCAAAAUGCAACCGCAGUUUCUUAAAAUUAUUGUCACCAUAGGUAGAAUUUGAAGCUGCUGCAGACAGUACAUUGAUUACUAAUAGCUUUUGGAAAAUAAUUAUACAUGAUGUCCAUAAAGUCUCCUUUCAAAUUAACUAAUGUAUUACAGAAGCAAAUGACUAGAGACAUCUGUGGAAACAUGCAAAAUGAGGAGUACAUAUUGAUUUUUUCCCUUCUUUUUGGUCUCAUUUAAUACACCUUUAUAUCUGUCUUACUCAGAUUUUCAUGCUCUUCCACGCUUCCCUUUAUCCAGCACUGUCUCUGUCUCCAUAAAUUUCUUGGGCCAUUGAUGAAUGUAAAGAUGAAUGUUUUCCUUACUCAAUCUUGUAAUUUUGCUGAGUCUAAUUUUGUUUCAAUAAACAAUGACACAUUGUG